CUUGAAUGUACAUUUUAAGAUACUGUUUUGUUUAGCGAGAAUAGUAAAUAAAGACAAAUAAAUUGAUUUCUAAUCAAUAUACAAAUGAUUAAAAAGUGGAUAAUUAAGAUGUUCUCCUAAAAUCUACCACAUGGAAUGAUGUCUAUUUUGUCUGAACUAUAUACAACACGAAAAAAAUAAAACUACAGCACAAUUAUUCGUGUAAAAUUCAUUCUGAAAAUAUGUCUUGUAAUUGAAAUGUUUGUACUUUAUAUAUAACCGCAGCAUUCCUUUUUCAAUUUCAGUGACCAGUUGUCAAAAGGAAGUGGAAACAAAAACUGAACUAUCAUUUGGAACAAAAGUUCCUUGUUCGUUAUAUGUCGCUAAUACGUCAGGCUAUAUUUCUUAUAAUUACUCAAGCGAGGGAACAUGUGUGCAACAAAUGAAUAGCUGCUCUCGUACAAAUAUAGCGGAAAUAGAGCAUAUUAUUGGUCAGAUCAAUGGCGGAAAUUCUAAUGAGGAAAUAGAAAGUGCUCUUGUGAAGACCUUAGAAGUAACAACACAUGAAGAUUCAAACAGCCAUCUUCAUCAUGAAGAGCUUACGACUAUAAUCCAAGCGUUGGACAAAAUAGUUAAAUUAGAGAACUGGGCUGUCACUCCUAAUCAGUCAAUAAACUUCAUGAGGACCGUAAGUAACCUUCUUGAUACUAAGAAUAAAGCAGUGUGGCAAAACAUUUCUGGAAACGUGCAGGGUAUAAAGGGCGAUCAAUGGGUAUGGAAGCUUCUUAAUACCGUCAGUUCGUUUUCUAUAAUUCUUGGAGGAACUUUAAAUGAAACAACUUCUAACAAAGAGAGAACAAUACACACCGAGAAUGUUCUUCUUCAGGUCAGUCAAGUGAAAAGUUCUGAAGGAUUAACAUUUCCAGAUGCCAAUAAAUAUUCUAAUUUAUCAAAAGUAUCAUCUUUACAACUAUCCGUUGAUUCUUUGAAAGGAUCGAGACUGUUCUAUGGUAUGCUAUUUAAAAAUGUGUCUGGUUUGCUAUCAGCAGAAGCAACAGAUAAUAGUGUUAAAGACGGGUUUUUGAAUUCUGAUGUAAUGGGUGCUAGGCUGGACAACUGGAAAAGCAAUAGUGACUUUAAAGUUACUAUUAAAUUUCAACUCUUGAAGAAAAGUAAUUUGCGAAAAAUGUGUAGUUUUAUGACUGAAACCAGCACAACGUGGAUGAAAGAAGGAUGUUACUUGAAAACAUCAGACUCAGCAUCAGCCACAUGUGAAUGCAACCAUCUUACAAACUUUGCAAUUCUUAUGAGUCCUUGGACAGAGAGUAACGUAGAAACAGAAACAUUGAGAAUUAUAACUUUUGCCGGAUGCUCUUUGUCAACCCUUGGUCUAGUUAUUACUGUGUUGGUACAUUUAUCCAUGUGGAGGUAUUUGAAAUCAGAUAGAGCAACUAUUUUGAUGCACUUAUGUGUUGCUAUGGUAACAUCCUAUGUUAUUUUCCUCGGCGGUGUUAACAGAACAGACAGCAUGGAUUUGUGUACAGCAGUUGCAGUGUUAUUACAGUACAUAUAUCUCGUUGUGUUUUUCCUAAUGUUUGCGGAAGGUAUUGAGAUAUCUUUUGCUGUUUUAUACGUGUUUUCAACAAAACCAAGCAUCAAAUGGAUUAUUUCAGCUGCUUGGGUUAUACCGGCGUUAAUUGUCGGGAUUACCUUGGCAAUUACGAAGAUGAAAGGAUAUGGAACUCAACAUUUUUGUUGGUUAUCAGUUGACAAUGGUCUAAUUUGGGCAUUUGUUGGACCAGCUUUGAUCAUAAUUCUGAUAAAUGCUGUGCUUCUUGGCUUUGUUAUAAGAGCAGUAUUUAAUGUGAAAAUGAUGAGACAAAAACAAACCCAUGCUAAAAUUGUAGCAGGAAUUCGUUGCCUCUGUAUUUUACUUCCAUUGCUUGGAUGUACGUGGGUUAUUGGUAUAUUCUAUGUGAACAAAUCUACAUCAUGGAUUCAAUAUUUGUUUUCUUUUUGUAAUGGAUGUCAGGGUGUUGUAAUUUUUAUUUUCCACUGCGCACUCAAUAAACAGAUAACGAAUGCAUACGAAAAGAAGCAAAGAAAAUCUACAUCUUCUAUGCUAUUUAAUCAAAGUUCAAAGCUACAUCGUUUUCAAAAGAAGAAAAAAUAUUUAUCAUCAUCAGCCUUGUAUCUAGUCAACAGUGACACUGGCAUAAGCAGCUCACGUUUAUCAGACAAAGACAUUGCAAGCAACGAAAGAAACUCUACUGACAAUAUAAAAAUGAAGAGAUUUGAACCUAUCAAUGCUUUGGGUGAACAGAAAUGCAGUUCCCAUGAAAUGUUAUAGAUAUACAUGUACACAGAGUGUUCAGGUGUUUCCUGAAAUGGAAUUAUUUUUUGACUAUUGUUCUCUCACAUGUCGUACCACGCCUUUGCAUGUCGCUUUUCGGUUUUUGUUUGUGAAAAUAAUUCAUGAUCAAGAAGUUUAUAUCCAUCCUCUAAAUUUCUUAUUUUAUGUAUACCAAGUUAUUUGAAUAAAUCAAUGUGUUUGUAAAUUUAAACAUCAAGAUAAAAUUAUAGAUUUUAAUCCUUUUACUACGGCAGCAAGUAUGUUUCUUUUUCUUUCAUUUUAUUUUGAAUCAUUAUACAUGCAUUGUAAUUUUUUUAAACAUUUUAUUUAAAUUUUAAGACAAUCUUGCCAGCUUUUUGUCUCUUUUUUAUACCUUUUCUUUUUAUAUUUUAGUUUUCUAGAUUUUUAAUCGGAUGUGGCCAAUUAAAUGUUUGAUUAAAUCUUAUUUUUCUUUCAGACCAUAAAUCGAUACCUGAAAUAAUUAUAACACAGUUAAUUUUAAAUUGUGUUUUCAUUUCCACUUUUUAUUCAUGUUGAUAUUUUAACCAUAAAAGGUGUGUGAUAUUUAUUAUCAUGAUUUUUGAACAUCAAUCGUUGUAUGCAUUUAUGUACUUUUCUUGUAAAUAGCUGUUUUGUUUUCUAUUUUCUUAUAAUAUAAGUAUCAUGCUAUACUUUAAAAGUUCUUGUUACUUCAAUCGUGAACCAUAACAAAUAAUCUUGUUUUUUAUAAGCUUAAAGCUUUCCCCAUGUCGGUGCUAUAUGUAUGUCCAUUAAAUGAUAAAAAAAGGAAAUCAAGGAUAUAUGUUGUUCGACUAGAACAAUUGAAAUAUUGAAUUAGCAGCUAUUAAAGAUAUGAAAAUAAAAGACGAUUCAUACUUUC